ACCAAUACGGGCUGAGUCACAAUAACUAGAUUAAUUACGAAAAUAUUGUUUUUUUGUGAAUUCCUCAAUUUAACAGUUUUUUUUUGUCAAUAUUGAAUAAUUGAGAUUUUUAUAAAUUCAAUAUGUCGUAUCAACAAGGAAUAAUGCCAGAUCAAUCAUUUCUUUGGGAUGUGUUUCAAAGAGUUGAUAAAGACCGAAGCGGACAUAUUUCUGCCGAUGAACUUCAAGUAGCCCUUUCCAAUGGCACCUGGUCUGCAUUCAAUCCCGAAACAGUCCGCUUGAUGAUUGGAAUGUUUGAUCGCGAAAACCGAGGAACAGUUUCAUUUCAAGAUUUUGGAGCACUUUGGAAAUAUGUAACCGAUUGGCAAAAUUGUUUUCGAUCCUUUGACAGAGACAAUUCCGGAAAUAUUGAUAAACAUGAACUAAAGACUGCGCUUACAUCAUUUGGUUAUCGCCUUUCCGACCACCUUGUUGAAGUUCUUUUACGUAAAUUCGAUCGAUUUGGUCGUGGGACUAUUCUUUUUGACGAUUUUAUUCAAUGUUGCAUUGUCCUCUAUACUCUUACAACAGCGUUUAGACAGCACGAUACGGACAUGGAUGGAGUCAUCACUAUUCACUAUGAACAAUUUUUAAGCAUGGUGUUCUCUCUUAAAAUUUAAUUUAAUAAAAAUUAACAACAAUAAAAACAA